AUGGAGUCAUCCUCGCUUCAGAACAUCAAGACCGAUUCCAACGGACCCAUGGUUCUGAAAAAGCAGAAUGGGUCUUCCCGACCGUCUUCGCCUAUCCCGGUAGGUCGGCAGAACAAGGCACGGCCCAUUACGCUGGCGUUGAUGGGAUUGGCCGCAUUUUUGUGGUUGAUACUGCCUGAUGCAGUUCCUCGGUCAACAGCAAAGGGAGAGAAUAACGCACGACCGCCGGCGUUCAGUUGGGACCAAAUUACACCUUCCAACUCUCUGGAAUACCAUGACUGCUUCGAUGGCUUCCAGUGCGCCCGACUUGAGGUGCCCAUGGACUAUCAUCGGGAGAACGGCCGGGGCCGCCAGAUGGCUAUUGCCAUUGUGCGCUUACCAGCAAAGAUCCCGGUGACGGACUCCCGGUAUGGUGGUGCAGUUUUAAUCAAUCCCGGGGGCCCUGGUGGUUCCGGAGUCGAACAGGCUCUGUUGUUUGGUCGGGACAUGCAGACGAUUAUUGAUGGGGAAACUGAUCCUGCAUUGCCGACGGGUCCUGCGAACUUGUCAGCUCGAUACUUUGAUAUCAUCGGCUUUGAUCCACGUGGCGUUAACAACACAACUCCCGGGUUCAGCUGUUUCCCAGAUUCAUUUUCGCAGAGGAACUGGGAGCUCCAGGUGGAGGCGGAUGGCAUGCUGGGUAGCUCUGACGAUUCCCUCAUGCGCAAUUGGCAGCGUGCCGUUGCUCUUGGAGGUGCUUGCUCCAAGGCACUACAGUACGCGCCGGAGGGAACUGAUGAAGCUCUUGGAGAUCAUCUCAAUACACCGCCAGUCGCAAGGGAUAUGCUCGAAAUCAUUGAGCGACACGGUGAAUGGCGCGAAAGGCAAGGUCAGACUGAACAAAGGAUGUACGAUCGCAUGUACGGCUAUGACCAGCAACAGAGCAUCGUGGCACGAACCAAGUGGAAGAGAGGGCAUGAAAAGCUCCUGUACUGGGGCCGUUCGUACGGAACUGUGCUCGGAAGCACUUUUGCAACGAUGUUUCCUGAUCGGGUCGAGCGUGUUUUAUUGGACGCCGUUGUUGAUGUCGACAAGUACUACACUGGGAAAGGACCUGACGUGAUUGCUGAUGCCGACGCGAUAUUCGACCGCUUUGUAGUCUACUGCGACGCAGCUGGACUAGAUGGAUGCCCCUUUUAUAGGCACGGAGGCCCUGCAGCCAUCAAAGCCGCAUAUCUGGAACUAGAAGCGGUCCUAUACAACGCAUCCGUGCCAGCAGCACCGUCAGCCACACGGGGGCCCGAAGUCAUCACAUGGACCGAUCUUAAAACCGUUCUUCGCUACUCGGUGUACCAGCCUCUGUUUGUCUUUCCUCUGCUUGCACACUACGCAAAGUCACUGUCCGAGGGCGAUGGGUCUCCGAUGGCCGACUUCAAGCAACGAUCUCGCUCGCCUUCGUGUCCCUCUGACCAAUGCUUGCAAACAGGGCCGUGGUCUGGCGAGUGUUUUGAGAAGGGUUCGAGUGAACUCUACGCUAUGUCGGCAAUAUUAUGCUCUGAUGCCCCAUAUCUACGCGACAUGGACCAAGCACGUUUCCAAGAAGCAUGGGCGUCUCUGAAAGCCCGGAGUUUUACCUUGGGGGAUUACUGGGCUGCUGUCACUGCACUAGGGCCCGUACACAGGCAAUACAUCUCAUCCAAUUCUUCUUGUGAGCAAUACUCUGGAUCCAGUCACUCCGUUGAGAAGGCAGGUAUCCGAUCACGUGUCCUCAGCAAUUCCACCACGAUGCUGACUGUGUCGAUCAUUUGCAGUGCGAAGAGGAUGUCUGAAAAAUUUCCUGGUUCAGUCGUACUCCAACAAGACUCAGAAGGGCACACAACCUUAGCCGCACCAUCGCUGUGCGUUGGCAAAGCUAUUCGCACGUACUUCCAGAGCGGCGUGUUGCCUGAUCCGGGAAUGGUCUGCGGAGCGGACUUGAAGCCCCUCUUGGGAGAGUCAGGUUCCGUUCACGCAAUGAACGCUGCAGAUAAAACCAUGUACGACUCAUUGAUGAACAUGGUUGCCCAAGCCAACAGUUUGACCCGAAGGCUGCCGUUCGCCUAA